AUGAGGAUUUUCCUGGUUUGGAUCCUUUUCCCAGGUGGCUGGGCAGUGACAGGCCCCAGGCAGGUGACAGUGGAGCAGGGCAGCUCACUGGCAAUGUCCUGCAGCUACAAGCCACACUACAAGCUCAACUCCAAGUACUGGUGUCGCAAAAACUCCUCCUGGUUUUGCUUGACCUACAUCAUCCAAACCAAUGGCUCAGAGGUGACAGUGACACAGGACAGGGUGUCCAUCAGGGACGACCACACAGCAAAUUCAUUCACAGUGACACUGAGCAGUGUCACACUGGCAGAUGCAGGCUGGUACUCCUGCGGGGUGAAGAGGAAAGUGGGGAUGAAGUGGUGGCACAGCACCAAAGUGAUGGUCAGUGCAGCUGUUUCAAACACAACCGAGGACAGCAACACGAGCCCGUUGACCACCAAUCCUCUGUGCCCCAGGGGCUGUGGGGAGCCUCCAGAGCUGUCCCAGCUCAGUGUCAUCUUGCUGCUUCUGCUCAGCAUCAAGGUACCCACGGCACUGGCUGUGGUGUGUGGGGCAGUCUGGGUGAGGAGCCGGGGCAGGAGCCAUGACCAGGAAAACCUGCAGCUCUUGGAAACAUCUAGCAGCAGCAGGCUGCCAACUGAAGACAAUUUGUAUUAA